UACACAUCGCCCGCUUCGGGCGCCAUCGUCGUCGUUGGACCAGCGGUUAACGGUCUCGCGCGGCACCGGGUCACUCAGUCGGCACCGCGUCCCACCCGCGUCUACCACGUCUGUGGCUCCUGUCGCGCCAUUAAUACGGUUAAACCACUAUCGCGAGCCAACACCUCGUGGCGCGCUUAGGUACAUUCAUCGAGAUACACCUGGUUUUGCUAACCAAGGUGGUUACCAACCACCUGAGCAAUCGUCUGAGGACACAACAUCGCUCAUUCCCUAAUCUCGAAGCUGUCAGCUCGAACCGCCAAUCCGCGCGUCUUUGGACAUCAACCCGAAAUGCUUCGAGAGCGAAUCGCAAAGGGGAGAAUGCUCGGCGGUUAGACGGGGUUGAAGAGAAAUGCACCUAAAGCACCCUGCUUUCGGCUCUACAAGGUGACAAAUCGAGAAGAAAAUAUAUAAAGAUGCCGGUCGGUGGACGAGUCGCUGGUAAAGUCGGGAUAUACAGCUCCCACUACAAUGGUAAUGUGGAUGUGGAUAUCGUUCUAUUAGGAAAAGGCUACAGUGGCAUAAAUGAGGAGAUCAUCUGGAUCAGCAUAGGUAUGGGGAUCACCAUAGCGAUCCUGAUCACCAUAGCGCUGUGCUACAUCGCCCGUGAAAAAUGUCGCAAGCGACAUGAAGGAUACUACACCUCCUGACGUAUGUUUCCGCCGCCUUCGUGGGCGUCCUGGUCAUUUAGCCCGACGACACCGGGAAUACUAUUCAGUCCAACCUCGUCGAGAGGCAAGCCACGGGCUUACUACAUCACCGUCUGAAUUCUUGCGUACUCUGUUACAGAGGAAAAGCCUCUGGAAGUCAUACGAAAGUCAUAGAUGCAAAGUAUAUGCUACAUUAACAUAAGCAAUAUGAAUGCAGCUUUACACGCAUCAAAAUAAAAAAUCUUAAAUUAUAUCUCCUUUCUAAAAAAAAAAAUCAGUUGAAGGA